CUCCCUCCUCCGACAUUGUAUGUCUUUUCUUCAUAUAUUAUUAUUCCUCGAUCCCUUCUCUCUGCCUGUUUAUAUUUUUCUCCUCUUCCCGCUCCACUUUCGGUUCUGUUGAGGGAAAACGCUUCUAUUACCAUUAAGACAGUAAGAGGUUUCUUUUUUAAAUGAAACCAUAUUAACCUGGAGAUAAGCGAUAACCAACUGUGGAAUCUCUCUCUCUCCCCCCUUCGGUCUGUUUCUCAAACAUUAUCAUUGAUGCUGUUAAAUUAUUUGUAAAUUAAUUACUCAUUUCUUUUCGACCCUAUUCUCUCUCAUUUUUGUUUUUAACUUUAUUCUUUAUGUAACGCACACCAAACUCUACUACAAAGCCAUGGUUUGUGUAUAUAACGACAGUGAUGUCUAAGUAGUAAAAAAAAAAGUAAGCUUUGAAGCUUUUUUUUUUUUUUUUAACCCAUAUUUAUUGAGAGAAAUCCUCCCCCGACUCUUCGACUGCUCGAACAGUAUCAGUUGUUAGCUAUGGAGCAUCUGAUCCCGGUCAUUAACAAAUUACAGGAUGUCUUCAAUACAGUCGGUUCGGAAACCAUUCAACUUCCACAGAUCGUGGUGAUCGGAAGUCAGAGUUCUGGUAAAAGCUCUGUUUUGGAGAGUUUGGUAGGGAAAGAUUUUCUACCUCGGGGAUCUGGUAUAGUCACCAGACGGCCUCUUGUUCUUCAAUUGAUACACAUAGGUAAAUCUGAAAUUGAAACUCGGCGACAAGAAUCAAGCGAUGGAGAACAUAUUGAAGAAUGGGGCAAAUUCCUUCACACCAAAAACAAAAUCUAUGGCGAUUUUGAAGAAAUUCGACAGGAAAUUAAGGCUGAGACAGAACGGAUGACAGGGACAAAUAAGGGCAUCUCACAGGAUGCCAUUCACUUAAGGAUUUAUUCUGCUAGUGUUGUUAAUUUAACACUGGUCGACUUGCCAGGCAUUACCAAAGUACCCGUAGGAGACCAACCCGAGGAUAUUGAGAUGCAGAUUAAAGAGAUGUGUAUGAAGUACAUCAGCAACCCCAACUCGAUAAUUCUGUCAGUAACUGCUGCUAACACCGACAUGGCUACCUCUGAAUCAUUGGCUCUUGCUCGGGAAGUUGAUCCUGAAGGUCGACGUACUUUGGCUGUAAUUACUAAACUGGACCUUAUGGAUGCUGGUACUGAUGCUAUGGACGUACUCUGUGGACAUGUGAUACCUGUUAAGCUUGGUAUUAUUGGUGUAGUGAACAGGAGUCAAGCUGACCUCAAUAACGAGAAGAACAUGGCAGAUUGUCUUCGUGACGAAGCUUCUUUUCUCCAACGGAAAUAUCCCUCAAUAGCCAACCGAAAUGGUUCUAUGCAUCUUGCAAAGACCCUCAACAGAUUACUUAUGCACCAUAUUCGAGAUUGCUUACCAGAAUUGAAAACCAGGGUUAAUGUCCUAAUUGCUCAGUUCCAGAGUUUAUUGAAUUCAUUCGGAGAACCAGUGGAAGAUAAAGGCCAAUUACUACUGCAAAUCAUCACCAGGUUUGCUUCUGCUUAUUGUAAUACAAUUGAAGGGACAGCUAAAAAUAUUGAAACCACAGAAUUAUGUGGUGGUGCAAGGAUUUGUUAUAUUUUCCAUGAGACCUUUGGUCGCACUUUAGAAUCAGUUGACCCUCUUGGUGGUCUUACCACACUGGAUGUACUCACUGCCAUUAGGAAUGCCACUGGACCCAGGCCAUCUUUAUUUGUUCCUGAAAUCUCAUUUGAAUUGUUAGUGAAACGGCAAAUUCGUAGACUGGAAGAGCCAAGUUUACGCUGUGUGGAACUUGUUCAUGAGGAGAUGCAAAGAAUCAUUCAACAUUGUGGAACACAGCAAGAAAUGCUGCGGUUUCCUAAAUUGCAUGAAAGAAUAGUGGAUGUUGUUACAUAUUUACUUCGGCGCCGUCUACCACCAACCAAUGCAAUGGUAGAAAACCUUGUUGCUGUCGAGCUUGCUUACAUCAACACUAAACAUCCAGAUUUCACAGAGGCUAACUUAGUUCACAAGACAGCUGUAGAAGACACUCAGGAUAGGCGACUGGUUAAAGAAAGUGGUACUCCAGCUAAGACGGCGCCAAUACCUGAUGUGACAGAAAUUAAAGAAAAUAAAGAGCUUAGAGUUGUAGACUCAGUCAAUAAAAAAGUUCAAUUUUCUUCUACUGUCCACCCAUCCAAGCCAUCUCUCCCAAAGGAGGGAAGUUCUGUACCCUUAGUUGAUGCUAAUUCCUUGGACAAAACUGAUGUAAGUGCUCAGCUAUCACUUUUCUCUUGGCUGCCACCACCAUCACUGCAUGCAAGUCUCUGUUGGUUACUGAAUAAUUCUGUUCCAAUUCCCAGCAAUGCAACCAAACAAACACAGCUUCUGAAUAUUAAGCUUCUUUUCAUAUGCGUGUGUGUGUGUGUGUGUGUGUUUGUUUGUGUGCGUGUGUGCAGUCUGCUUUUAUAUAACAUCCUUUAUGGUAUUGUUACCUCCACAUCUUUAAUACCUUGACAUUCUCUUGAGUUU